AGCGGCGUCUGCUUUGUGGGCAUCAACAACGUGGACGCCCUGCGGGGCUUUGUGCUGGCCCCCUUGUUCGUCUACCUGUUCAUCGGCACCUCCUUCCUGCUGGCCGGCUUCGUGUCCCUCUUCAGGAUCCGGACCAUCAUGAAGCACGAUGGCACCAAGACAGAAAAGCUGGAGAAGCUCAUGGUGAGGAUAGGCAUCUUCAGUGUCCUCUACACAGUGCCGGCCACCAUCGUCAUUGCCUGCUAUUUUUACGAGCAAGCUUUUAGGGAACAGUGGGAGAGGAGCUGGGUCACGCAGAGCUGUAAG